AUUCGGUCAUGUAUUUUGCCGUAAAAUGGUUUCAGUUAUAGAUAUGUAUCAAACGCGACCAACAUUCUGUUCAUCUGCACCUUCUGCGCAAUCCUACGCGCCAACUUAUACAACAGCGCAAUAUCAUGGAUCCGACUACUAUCCAGCGGAAGCGCAAUGGCCUACUCAACCUCCUGAAACCAUAAGUCCCGAAUGGAAUUCUCCGUAUUUGCCGUAUUCCCAGUAUAGACAGGAUUGCCACCUUCAGACCCCCCUUCCGGUAGAUGUUCCUCAGCAGAACUUUAUUCCUCACGAAGAUGUAAGAAUAAAACAAGAAACAUCUGGACAAAAUCAGCAAGCCUAUCAAUGGAUUAAGAAGCAAACUUAUCCUCAGGCUCCACAGCAAGGAAAAACAAGAACAAAAGACAAAUAUCGUGUAGUCUACAGUGAUCAUCAGCGCCUCGAAUUGGAGAAGGAAUUCCAUUACAGUCGCUACAUUACCAUCCGCCGAAAAUCGGAAUUAGCCCGAGAAUUAAAUCUCUCCGAACGCCAAGUCAAAAUUUGGUUCCAAAACCGACGCGCUAAGGAGCGCAAGCAGAACAAGAAAAGAGAAGAGGGCUUGAAGAGCGGUCCAAAAUUACCUCCCACCGCCUCACACUUACCGCCACCGCCCACUCAUUAACAAUCACUAGGUGCUGACGAUUUUUCGUUUGUUUUUUUACUGCCUACAUGAGUAUCCGUUUAAAAAAUUUAACAUGUACAUACAGUAUAUAUGAUCACUUCGCUUUCAAUCAUUUUUCUUCUAUCUCUAUCUCUCUCUGUCUCUUUUUUUCUUUUCCCCAUAAAAUUUUAUAAUAUAUACAAAAAAUCAAAGAAAUCCGUUAAAAAAAAUGUACAAUAAAGUCAUAUAUACUGUAUUUUCAUGUGUAGGAAG